AUACAAUCACAACACCCUCACGGUGACGGGCCAAACUCAUAGACUCAUAGUCAAAUUCCUUUAGAACCUCUCAUACGCAAAUUCGUCACUCAUACGCAAAUUCCAAAGCUCGAAUUGCAGAAGCUCGUUUCAGGUAAUAAGACUAAUAACUCUUGGAGUCACAAUAUGGCAACUUCUUCAGCGUCAGAAUCAACAAUAGCAGUUGAUGAAAUUCCAGAAGUGGUAGCUCCUCCCUCAAUUCCAUCCUCAUCCUCCUUUUUUGAUGGCUGGAAGGAGCGGAUCUUCUACCCUACCCUUCUUGGAGGGAUUGUUGGGGGAGCCGUUGGGGCAGUGUCAAAGCAUCGUAAAGUCCAUGGCCUUGCGAAUAUUUCAGCUACUUAUGCUACUAAUUUUGCUAUUGUUGCUGGCUGUUAUUGUGGAGCUCGUGAGUUUGUGAGAGUAACACGCAAAUCUGAACCUGACGAUCUUGUCAACUCAGCUCUUGGAGGAUUUUGUAGUGGAGCACUUCUAGGCCGCUUGCAAGGAGGCCAACGCGGGGCUAUUCGUUACUCUAUAAUGUUUGCUAUUGCUGGCACAGCAGCUGAUUUUGCCGUACUCGAGCUGCAACCUCUUGUGAAGAACUACUAUGAUUCAUUGCUUGGUAGCGACUUUAAAUUGCCGGAGUGGUCUCCCAUUCGGAUACUUGAUGAGGAAGCCUUAGCUGCAAAACAAGCUCGUGAAGAAGAACUACGUGCUCAGAGAGCCAUAAUUAUGAGGGGUAAAGAAACUUGAUUACAGUUUUCUGACUUAUGGUUUGUGAAAGUACAAGUCACAGUAAAAAAAAAAAAAUCAAUUUAAAGUGUAUUAAUGAAACGGAGUUCGAUUAGUGGCUUCGUGUAGUUUUGGAGAAUGUUAACCCAUCUAGUGGGUAAUUUACCUAUUGGAGAUAGACAAUUAGAAAAUAGUUUUGUUUGCUUAGUGAGUAAAUUUUGAUAAAAGAUUAAAUGUGGGGCACAAUAUUUGCUCUUCUAGUCUCAGGCUCUCAUUGAUAUGUUGUGUGUCGUCCAACUUUACGGAUGAAAGUAUGAAACCCUGAAUUCGUAGUUUCAUCUCGUACCUGUUCAAAUGAUGAAAACUUUUGAGCAUUCUCCGUUAGUCUUUUAAUUUCAGUUACAUUCACCA